AUACGCACGCAAAUUUGCGCGCCACACUCGUCCCUGAUGUGCUGCGCGGCCGUAGUGUACGAGCGAUUGCGGUUAGGAUAGAGUUCGGCGUUUUUAGAGAAAGGGUUUUGUCACUCGCAAGCAUUACCGAGAGUUUUUUCUAUUAUUUUAAGAAAUCAACGCAACAUGGUGCGAACGAAGGCAGAUGGUGCCAGCCGAGCCGUUGGUGCGAAGGCCUUCAGGAAAAGCAUGAGCAAUCCCGGAGGUGCCUCCAGUUCGAGCUCGUCCAGGUCUCGCAAGACGAAAGGAGGCAAGUAUGCAGGUCGAAACUCCUACUGCCCCCAGCCAACCCCACCCUGGCAGAAAGAAAUUUCCGGGUUCCUCGUAACGGCAAGGCCACCCGAAGACGAACAUAAGCCUCAGCCAUCCGAAGCGGCGUCUAGUUCUGAUGCAUCCGACAGCGGUGCAUGUGGCAGCUCGUCUUCCUAGUCACUGGCAGUUGCACUGCAGUUUUUACUCUCUCAUUUACAUAGACUUCCCUGGAGUCAUUUUGAAGGUUUUAUAUAUAUAUGUAUGCUUUGCAAUCCGAUGUGAAUAAAGAGACCCCUUGUGGUAUUUGCAACAUUC